UGCAUAUAAAUAUGGACUAGCAGGUCGAAUAAAGAUAUCAGUUUAUACUUUGAUAUAAUUCAAGCAAUACACUCUUGAAAAGAAACUCUUCGAUCAUGUCUAUCAUUUUUCUGCUUGUUGGUAUACUGUCCAUUGGACUAAAAUUAACAGCUGUGGAAUCCAUAGGAGUUUGCUAUGGGAUGAUUGGAAAUAAUCUACCAUCUAGGCAAGAUGUUGUGAAUUUAUAUAGAUCAAGAGGCAUUAACCAAAUGCGUCUUUACUUCCCAGAUGAACAAGCCCUCCAAGCCCUUAGAGGUUCCAACAUAGAGUUGAUCCUUGAUGUGGCUAGGGAAACCCUUAAUUCUCUUAGAAAUGCCAAUGAAGCCACAAAUUGGGUCAAUAGAUAUGUGAAACCCUAUGCUCGAGAUGUUAAAAUCAAGUACAUCACUGUCGGAAAUGAAAUUAAACCUUACGACAGUGAAGCACAAUCCAUUCUCCCUGCCAUGCAAAACAUUCAAAAUGCUAUUUCAGCAGCCAAUUUACAGGGACAAAUCAAGGUCUCAAUAGCAAUUGACAUGACUUUGAUUGGUAAUUCAUAUCCACCCAAUAAUGGUGUUUUCACUGACCAAGCAAAACCAUACAUACAACCAAUAAUAAACUUCCUAAAGAACAAUGGAGCACCACUUCUUGCCAAUGUGUAUCCGUACUUCGCUUAUAUCAAUAAUAAACAAAGCAUUUCUCUUGAUUAUGCUCUUUUUAGACAACAAGGAAACAAUCAAGUUGGUUACCGAAACCUUUUUGAUGCCCAGUUAGAUUCAGUAUACGCUGCUCUUGAGAAAGUUGGCGCUUCCGGUGUGAAGAUAGUUGUGUCCGAGAGUGGGUGGCCAUCUGCAGGUGGAGAUAGUGCCUCAACGGACAACGCUGCCACAUAUUAUCGUAAUUUGAUCAAUCACGUCAGGAAUGGGACUCCUAAGAGACCCGGAGCUAUUGAGACUUACUUGUUUGCCAUGUUUGAUGAAAAUCAGAAGACUGGUGCAGCAACUGAACAACAUUUUGGUCUCUUUAAUCCUAACAGAACACCUAAAUAUCAAAUAAGUUUCAAUUGAUAAUCUAAAAAAGCUAUGUAGCUAACUAAAUAGUUUACUACGAAUAAUUGUGUCAUGUGUGCACAUGUUGUUUCCAUCUUUCUAUGUCUGUAAUGAAUUAAAUAAAUGAAAUAUCAUAUAUCUUGUUUACUUA